AUGUGUGUUCUUAAAGGAAGUAAGCUGGUGUCCUACUGCGUGGGUUGUGGGCAGCAGAUCCUGGAUCGCUUCAUUCUGCGGGUUUUCCCUGAUCUGGAGUGGCACGCGCAGUGCCUGAAGUGCGCGGAGUGCCAGCAGUCUCUGGAUGAGUCCUGCACCUGCUUCAUCAGAGACGGAAAAACCUUCUGUAAAGACCACCACAGGAGAUUAUGGACCAGUAAAUGUGCAAAAUGCCACAAAGCCUUCAUCAGCAAGGAGUAUGUCAUGCAAACACGAGUGAAUAUUUAUCACGUCCAGUGUUUUCGUUGUGAGGGCUGCAAUCGCCGGUUACUCCCUGGAGAUGAGUAUGUUCUGCGGGACGGACAGCUUCUCUGUACAGACCACCAUGA